UUCUUUGGACUUUUACGUCAUAUUUUGUGAGUAAGCUAAGCUUCUCUUGUAAAAUUAUUAAAUAAAUGUAAUGUUUCGUGUUUCUUGAGCUCAUUAUUAAAGCUAAUCAGCCUCGUUGAUUUAAUAAGAGUAGUCAAAUAGAACUACGACGACCCUUUUGCUUUGAAUGGAGAUAUAUGAAGGACAAGAAUGACUUCAUCCAACACACUACAGAAGGCCAUUGAUCUUGUAACUAAAGCCACAGAAGAGGAUAAAAAUAAGAACUAUGAGGAAGCAUUGAGAUUGUAUGAGCAUGGAGUUGAAUAUUUUUUGCAUGCAGUCAAAUAUGAGGCUCAAGGAGAGCGAGCAAAAGAGAGCAUAAGAGCAAAAUGUUUACAGUACUUAGAUAGAGCAGAAAAAUUAAAGGAAUAUUUGAAAAAAGAUACAAAGAAGAAACCUGUCAAAGCUGGCGAGUCAAAUUCAAAGAGUGAUGAGAAAAAGAGUGACAGUGAUAGUGACUCUGAUGAUCCAGAAAAGAAAAAGUUGCAGGGUAAGCUUGAAGGUGCCAUUGUUGUUGAAAAACCUCAUGUGAAAUGGAGUGAUGUGGCCGGCCUUGAAGCAGCCAAGGAAGCUCUCAAAGAAGCAGUUAUUUUACCCAUAAAAUUCCCACACUUAUUUACAGGAAAGAGAAUUCCAUGGAAGGGAAUUCUGCUAUUUGGACCUCCUGGUACUGGUAAAUCAUAUUUAGCCAAAGCUGUUGCAACUGAGGCAAAUAAUUCUACAUUCUUUUCAGUCUCAUCAUCAGAUCUUGUGUCUAAAUGGCUUGGUGAGUCUGAGAAACUGGUGAGAAAUUUGUUUGACCUUGCAAGACAGCAUAAGCCCAGCAUUAUAUUUAUUGAUGAAAUUGAUUCACUUUGUUCAUCUCGUUCUGAUAAUGAGUCUGAAUCAGCUCGAAGGAUAAAAACUGAGUUUCUUGUUCAAAUGCAGGGAGUUGGUAAUGAUAUGGACGGUAUACUUGUUCUUGGAGCUACAAAUAUUCCAUGGGUAUUAGAUGCAGCUAUAAGGAGGCGUUUUGAAAAGCGUAUAUACAUAGCAUUGCCAGAAGAACAUGCUAGGUUGGAUAUGUUUAAGUUGCAUUUGGGAAAUACUAGGCAUAUGCUUAGUGAAAAUGAUUUAAAGGUUUUAGCAUCAAAAACUGAGGGAUACUCCGGGGCUGAUAUUAGUAUUGUGGUAAGAGAUGCACUGAUGCAGCCUGUUCGUAAAGUUCAAUCUGCUACACACUUCAAGAAAAUAUCUGGUCCGAGUCCAACUGAUCCAAAUGUUAUUGUGAAUGAUUUGUUGACACCAUGUUCUCCUGGUGAUCCUGGAGCAAUGGAAAUGACAUGGAUGGACGUACCAAGUGACAAAUUGGGGGAGCCACCCGUUGUUAUGUCUGACAUGCUGAGAUCACUUGCAACAUCAAAACCGACAGUUAAUGAUGAAGAUAUGAUUAAAUUGAAGAAAUUUAUGGAAGAUUUUGGACAGGAGGGUUAAUUUUAUAUUUAAAUAUUUGAGAUUUUAUUUUGUUUAUUAUUAUAGAUAGAAGCACUGAGCUUAUAUUGAUGUAAAAUAUUGUGAUUUAUUAUUAUCACUGUAGUUGCAUAAUUAUUUGUUAAUAUUCAAAUUUAAAUAUUUUUAAUCAAAUUUGGAUAUAAAAUCUCUUAUUCAAAGUCAAAAACUACUACCUGUUUGUAAAUUUAUGCCACAGAAUGAGCACAGGAAACUCGACAUUCUUGUUGGUAAAUUUUGUUUAAAUUAUGUUACUUAAAACAUUUGAUAGAAUAUGAAAUUAUACAUCUGUCUUGCAAUUGAAUAAAACUGCUUAAAUUUUCCCUUCUGCUAACAUAAUAUUUAAAACCUAAUGAUGUAUUGUAGAACUGUAUUAGUUUAAAAAAAUAUAGUGAAUAAUUAAUGUUUAUUACAUUUUAUUUUUCAUUAUAAUACCAUUUUGAAAUGUCAUAAUAAGAUGUUUUUCAUUGUAUAAAUAACUGCACUGUUCUAAUCAUAUAAUAUUGUUGCCUUCUACUUACUUAUUGUUAAGGAAAAUCUUUACUAUUGUCAUGAGUGCUUACAUUGUAUAACAUUAUUAUAAUUGGAUGUUGUUCCUGAAAAAUGCUCCAAGCCACAAACAUCACAUUUUAAGGAAUUCGGGCUUAAAGUUUAUUAAAUAUUAGUGUAUUCCAUACAUGUGGGUCAGGCUCAUGGUGUCAUUUAAAGAGUUACAGUAGGGCUGCCAUUUUUUAUAAGUCCGUUAAUAUGAAUCAUGUGACCAAUUUUGUGUUCGUUUUUCUGGUAUUACAUCCAAUUAUGUAACAGUAGAAAUACAAAAGCAAAACCUGUGUUAUUUAGUUCUUGAUACACGAACAAUAAACAACAACCUAUUAGAUAAAAGCCUAAAUGUCAAAGGUGUUUAGAUAAUAAAAAAUAUUUUAUUAAAUAUUUGCAAGGUUUUGAUGUUAGUAGCAUGUUAUAGUAUUAUGUUCUCAUACUUAUUUUUAUAUGCUUAAUAAUAAUUAAUAAAGUGAUAUGUAGUAAA